GGCGCGUCGUCCGAUUCCUAUCAUCUGCAAGGCGCAUACGACAAAUCGCAAUCUUCAGUCUUCAAUGAUAAUAUUGGUAUAAAUACGAUGUAUUUUAACUGUGAUACGAAACAAAGUUCUUUGAGUACGUUUUAAGUAAAGUUAGUGGAUAAAUAUUAUAUUUACAACAUGAUACAUUUUAAAGACAAUAAGAAUAAAUCGGCACUGAGUACAAGAUGGGCUCAAAUGUCAAAGCAAGAACAAAUUAUCGAGAAAAAAAAGAUGGAGAUCCAGGCAAAAUUGGAAGCUCAAAAACAGGCGGCUGCACUCGCGGCUCAAGCUAAACUUGCGAACCCAGCUCCUCAGGAUGAGAAAGGGAAUGCCAAUAUAUUUUCCAAUGAUGGUAGUUUUAUGAGUCAAUACAAAGCCCUGCUUGAAAAACAAAAACAAGAAAACCAAGAUAAAGAGGAAAAGGAAAAAGAAAAGCAAAAAUCUGAUGAAAAACAGAAAAUUAAAGAGGAGAAACAACAAAAUGAUCACUAUGAUGAUAGCCCUGGACCGAAAGAAGAACACAAAAAGUACAAUGAUAAAGGAUCUAGAGACAAACACCGACGAUGGAGUGACAAGGGUCGCAGCCGAGCCCAUAGCCCCUCAACACCUGUUGUUGAAGAUAGAAAAAAAUUUUCUGAAAACAAAACGCCCAAUCACAUUCCACCUCUAAUGCAAAUCCCUAUCAAGCCACCCACUACACAAUCUCCUGAAUCUGAUUACCAGUGGAGAUCAGGACCUCAUAAUUCAGAUGAUGAAUCAGAUACAAAUUCUUUACCGUCAAACUCAAUAGGUCCUGGACCAAUGCCACCAGGUUCAAUGCAUCCCGGUUUCAUGGGUCCUGGUAUGAUGGGACCUGGACCAAAUAUGGGAUCAGAUCCUAAUAUGGUACCAAACUCUAAUAUGGGCACUGGUUUCAAUAUGGGUCCAGGACCGAAUAUGGGACCAGGGCCUAAUAUGGGUCCCGGACCUAGUAUGGGACCAGGGCCUAGUAUGGGACCCGGGCCUAGUAUGGGACCCGGGCCUGGUAUGGGACCCGGGCCUAAUAUGGGACAUGGGCCGAAUAUGGGUAUGGGCCCUGGUCCUCAUAUGGGGCCAGGUCCACAUAUUGGUCCUGGUCCAAAUAUGGGCUCUGGCCCCAAUAUGGGACCAAGACCAAAUAUGGGUCCGGGUCCUAUGAUGGGCCCUGGCGGUCCUAAUAUGCCCCCAAUGCCCCCUAAUGGUCCAAUGCCUCCUUUCAUGGGUGGACCUCCUAAUUUUCCCAUGCCACCUAAUUUUAUGGGUCCAAAUGGUCCUGGAGGACCGUGCGGCCCUGGACCCAUGCCACCAAAUAUGUGUGGUCCAAAUAUGUCAGGUCCUAGGCCAAAUGGCCCUAUGCCUCCAUUCUUUGGUCCACCUUUCCCUAAUCCAAUGAUGGGUCCUGGUGGACCACCAAUGCCUCCUAAUGCAGGCAAUAUGCCUUUCAUGGGUCCACCACCUUUUGGGCCUAAUGGCCCUCCAAACUUUGAUAAUGGCAAUGGUCCACCCAGACCUUUCUUGCCACCUAAUUCUAUGCCACCCAAUUCUAAAGCAAAUCUAGAAAAUCUAGGCAAUAAUUCACCAUCUGAUUCCAUGAAACAAAAAGGUCUACCCGCUAACCCUAGCAAUGCAAACAGUGGCUCUUCAUCAAGCAAUACCCGUGGUGUGCAGUUUUUCUCUCCAGAUAUGUUCCCGCCGUCAGUGCACCGAGCCGCCAGCGAAGUCGCCAGCAACGGUGACCACUGGGAAAAUGUCCUGAAAGCAAUACACUCACAAGAUCAAAAUUUGUGGUUCCUACAUAACACCAACUCGAAUGAAUAUAAGGCGUUCAGGGAGUUAAUUAAUAAGAUGAGAAGAGAUGGUGUGGGUGAAAAGAAGCAUGAAGUGAAACCGGAGGAUAAAUACGAGCCAGAGUUCAGUUUAGAGGAUGACGAUAGCUAUGACAACAGACCUAGUUUUAAAGACGAAAGCAAGGACAGUUUCAGUAGAGACGAGGAUAGUAAACAUUAUCGCCGAGACGUCAAACGGGAGCAAGCCAGCUCGCAGAGUGAUGAGGAACCGGAAGCCAAACGUGAACGGAAACGGAGAAAAAAAUCGCGCUGGAGCGAUGAUCCACCGGCGGCCGAUAUCAAGCCACCCGGGCUGAUUACACCGUUGGCUGCCAUCAUUCCAGGCGCUAAGUUAGCAAAGAUCGACGAAGAAGGACUAAAAUUGACGAAUGUGAAUAAAAAUAAUCAAGCACUGAUGCAGUAUGCAAUGACAAAUUACGGAACAACAAAUUUAAGUGCAGAGGAUUGGAAGAAAUGCGAAGACAACUUUAAACUUAACCUUCUGUAUCAGGACAUGUUAAAGAAACGUCAAGAGGUGGAACGUUUGGCGGCGGCGGGUAAAUAUAAAUACGAAUAUGACAGCGACGAGGACACCAACGAAGGCACCUGGGAACAUAAGUUACGAGCAAAAGAAAUGAGUGCGACGGAGAAAUGGGCUGAUGAACUGACAAAGCAGGCAGCGGGCAAACAUCACAUUGGAGACUUUCUGCCGCCUGAGGAGUUAAAGAAGUUCAUGGAAAAGUAUUCGGCGUUGAAAAAUGGCAAAGAGCCAGACCUGAGUGACUACAAGGAAUUCAAAUUGAAAGAGGAUAACGUGGGUUUUAAAAUGCUGCAGAAACUCGGGUGGACGGAAGGCCAAGGCUUAGGCGCGGAGGGGUCGGGCAUCGUCGAACCGAUCAAUAAAGCAAAUCAGCCAGUGGCUAACCUGGGUUUGGGCGCUUCCACGUCUGACGGCGUCUCUCCGGACGACGACGAAUUCGACGCGUACAGGAAACGCAUGAUGCUUGCGUACAGAUUCAGACCCAAUCCUUUGAACAACCCACGAAGACCUUAUUAUUGAGAAGAUCUCUACGUAUCAUCAUAAGAUUUUAGAUUAAUGCUUUUUAAUAUUAUACAGGUUUAAAUGUAAAUUGCAGCAUAGAAUCAAAAGCGGAAACGUAAACAUAGAGCAUAUUACAUAUACAUUAUUAAUAUUCGAUCAAAUUUUUGGAUCGAUAAGGUGCCACAAAAUAAUACCAUUUAUAACCAACCUUCACAUAUUUAGUUGAACCCUAAU